AUGGUGAUGAAAGAUAACGAGAGCUGUAGUAGCAGAGUGGUGGAAUCGAUGGAUACCAAGAACCGCCAGCACCGGAAGAAGGUGGAGGUGUACAAUGAGGUUCUGCGCCGCCUCAAGGAGUCGAACCACCCCGAGGCGCAAGAGCCGGACUUCGACGAUCAACUAUGGGCUCACUUUAAUCGCCUCCCCGCCAGGUAUGCGAUGGAUGUGAAUGUGGAAAGGGCGGAAGAUGUUAUCACGCAUAAGCGAUUGCUGCAUCUGGCACGUGAUCCUGCAAAUAGGCCCGCAUUUGAAGUCCGGCUUGUGCAGGUUGUACCUUCAUCGGAUGGAAAUUCAGCAGAUUCGGUCCAUUCACGCUCACCAAGAAAGGGAAGUAUCCAUCCACCACCAGCCUUUGGUUCUUCUCCCAAUCUUGAAGCACUUGCUCUUGAAGCAAGUAAAUCAGAAAUUCAAGAUGGGGGGGAUAUUGCUGUAUAUGCUGGCUCCAAGUUUCCAAGGCCCAUGCAUGAAAUUACUUUCUCGACAGAUGACAAGCCAAAGCUUCUGAGUCAGUUGACUUCUUUACUCGCUGAAGUUGGGUUGAAUAUCCAGGAAGCACAUGCCUUUUCCACUGUUGAUGGCUAUUCUCUAGAUGUCUUUGUUGUUGAUGGUUGGCCAUAUGAGGAGGUUGAGCAACUCCGGGCUGCAGUGGAUAAAGAAGUUUUGAAGCUUGAGAAAUGCUCUUGGCCGCAUCAACAUACUUUGUCUCCACUCCGUGAUCAUGAGAAAGUAGAAAUCAAAUGUGAACCCGAUCAUUUGAGAAUACCCAAUGAUGGUACUGAUGUCUGGGAAAUUGAUCCUAAACUUCUGAAAUUUGAGCACAAAGUUGCAUCGGGGUCAUAUGGCGAUUUAUACAAAGGUACAUAUUGCAGCCAGGAAGUAGCAAUCAAAAUUCUCAAGGCCGAGCGUUUGAAUACAGAACUACAGAAGGAGUUUGCCCAAGAAGUAUAUAUAAUGAGAAAAGUUCGACACAAAAAUGUUGUCCAGUUCAUAGGGGCGUGCACCAAACCCCCAAACUUGUGCAUAGUGACAGAAUUUAUGUCUGGAGGAAGUGUUUACGACUAUUUACACAAGCAAAAGGGUACCUUUAGACUUCCAUCUUUACUCAAAGUAGCAAUUGACGUGUCAAAGGGAAUGAACUAUUUGCAUCAGAAUAAUAUAAUUCACAGGGACUUGAAGGCUGCCAAUCUUUUGAUGGAUGAAAAUGAAGUUGUUAAAGUGGCAGAUUUUGGGGUGGCGAGAGUGAAAGCACAAACUGGUGUGAUGACGGCUGAAACUGGGACAUAUCGGUGGAUGGCUCCUGAGGUUAUAGAACAUAAACCCUAUGAUCACAAGGCGGACGUUUUCAGUUUCGGGGUGGUUUUGUGGGAAUUGCUGACUGGAAAGCUUCCACACGAGUACUUAACUCCUUUACAAGCAGCAGUUGGAGUAGUGCAAAAGGGUCUGCGCCCAACUAUUCCAAAACAUACUCAUCCAAAGUUUGCUGAGCUGCUUGAGAGAUGCUGGCAGCAAGAUCCAACUCUGAGACCUGACUUUUCCGAGAUAACAGAACUCUUGCUACAAAUUACCAAAGAGGUUGGAGAUGAUGGGGAGGAUCGACGCAAGGAGAAAUCUGGAGGAUUUUUUUCUGCCUUCAGACUUGGACAUCACUAA